AUGGGUGACAUUAGUGAUAGCGUUUCUGAAAUUGAUGACCUUAAAGCUAUAAAAAGUGAGGAUGAAGAUAGUGUUGAAAUAGAUGACUUAAAGGCUAAUCAUGAUCACAUCGAAAAUGCUGCUCCUGAUGAUAUCGACGACAAAAUCAUUAGUAAAUUUUUAGGGGCUUCUGAUGAGGUCAAGGAGAGUGAGAAGCAGGAAAAGGAUAUGGGAUUUAAGGAAGCCAUAAAAACAUACCCUAAAUGUGCCAUAUGGUCUGUUGUUCUUUCUACAGGUCUUAUUAUGGAGGGUUACGAUACAUGCUUGUUAAGUUCGAUGUAUGCCCUCCCAAUUUUCUGUGAAAAGUUUGGAACAUGGGAUUCAAAGUCAAAAGUGUGGGAGAUCUCCGCAGGCUGGCAGACAGGUUUAAGUAUGUGUGUUAAUGUGGGAGAAAUCAUCGGUUUACAGAUGUCUGGUUUUUUUGCAGAUAAAUUUGGAUACAGGUAUACUUUGAUUGGUUCAAUGGUUGUUCUUGCUGGAUUCAUAUUUUUAUUGUUCUUUGCCAAGUCAUGUGUCAUGAUUGCCGUUGGUCAGGUUCUUUGUGGUAUUCCAUGGGGAUUCUUCCAGACAUUGGCAGUCUCAUACGCUUCGGAGGUUUGUCCGUUGGCCUUGAGGUACUAUCUUACAAGUUAUGUCAAUGUCUGCUGGGUUUUCGGUCAAUUGUUUGCAUCUGGUAUAAUGAAAAAUUCUCAAGAGGCAAUGGCCCACACAGAUAUGGGAUGGCGUCUUCCAUUUGCUUUAAUGUGGAUCUGGCCUGUUCCAAUUAGUGUUGGAAUUUUCUUUGCACCGGAAUCACCAUGGUGGCUUAUCAAGAAAAACAGAAUGAACGAAGCUGCGCACAGUCUCAAACGGUUACUCACAAUACAUGAAAAAGAUAGAAGAGAUUUGAUUAUCGGAGCAAUGGUCAAGAGAAUGAAGUUUACUAGUGACAAAGAAGACACGAACGGUGAAACAGGCACUUACAUGGAGUGCUUUUCAAGAAAAAAUAUAAGGAGAACUAGAAUUGCAUGUAUGACAUGGGUUGGACAAAAUGCUUGUGGCUCCUGUCUAAUGGGAUAUUCCACUUACUUCUAUGAAAAGGCUGGUAUGUCCACGUCCGCCGCCUUUGAUUUCAGUAUUAUUAUGUACUGCCUUGGAAUUAUUGGUGCUUUUGCCUCCUGGAUUAUUUCCCAUAGUAUUGGUCGUGCAACAAUUUACAUUGGAGGUAUGGGUAUUCAAACCAUUUUGAUGUGGGUUACGGGUAUUCUUGGAUUUAUCAAGCAAACGAGUGCUGUUGGUUGGGCCGUCGGUUCAUUAUUAUUAGUUUUCACUUUGGUGUAUGAUAGUACUGUUGGACCAGUUACAUAUUGUAUUGUUCCAGAAAUUCCAUCAGGAAAGGUCAGAACAAAAACUGUGGUCAUUGCAAGGAAUCUCUACAAUAUUUGGGGAAUUUUCAAUGCAGUCAUCACUCCUUAUCAAUUGAAUUCUACGCAAUGGAAUUGGGGUGCAAAGACAGGAAUAUUUUGGGCCGUCCUUUCUACAUUGAUAUUUGUUUGGUCUGUGUUUGAUUUGCCCGAAACAAAGGAUAGAACAUUUGCCGAAAUUGAUCAAUUGUUCGAAGAUCAUGUUUCUGCAAGAAAGUUCAGAUCUACGGAUGUCGAUCCAUUUAAUGACGCUAAACUUCUUAAACAAUUCGACAAGAAAAAGCUUCACGAAUUGGGUAACAUUGAUGUUGGUGAGCAUGAUACGGAAGAUAUAAAGGAGUUGGAAUAA